UAAUAUUAUUAUUAUUAUUAUUAUUAUUACGAUUAUUAUUAAUAUUAUUUCACACUGACAUUUCCCCCGACACUUCUACUAUCAAUUUACUGUAAUUUUACAAUCCAAAAUGUGUAAAUAAGUGUAAAUAAGAUCUGGUGUUUUACUUAUAAUUAAUUUAAAGAUUAUUGUGAAUGCAAAAAGUAAUAGUUUUAUCUUACGAAACAUUUUUCUUCCUUAAUAUUAGUUACACUUUUAUAUGUGUUUCUUCUUCAAGUACAAUAUAGCAAUACAGCAAUACAUUAUGAACUUCAUCACAUUUAACAGUCCCAUGUGUUACUAAUUUCAAUCUGUCUGAUAUCUGAAAAUACUCGGUCUGGAUUCUAACACAAGACGACUUGACAAGAAACAAAACCAGAAUGGGGCUAAACUUUGAUAGUCCCCCGAGAGCUAUAAUUAUUAAGAUAAAUGAACAGACGUUCCAACAGUAACAAAGAGAAAAUUCAGGCCCUGACAUUGAAAAUCAUGCUAGAAACAUUACAAAUUAUGAUAAAGCUCUAUUUUAAGAAUCGCCUUAUCGUAAUUUCCUCCCCUGAUCAUCAUCACAUGAUUUUCACCAGAAAGAAAUAUUUUGGCUUCAUUUACGAGAUGUUCAAAUGGUUGUUUUAGGGACUAAAGGGACCAAAGAAUUUUUCCCACAGACAAGGUCAAGACUCAUGUUUACUUAAGAGGCUACAAAUUUCUUUCUCACAUUGAAACAACUCUUGGUAUGAUAGGGACCCUGGGGUGCACAGUCAGCCCACAACGAGCAGCUUUUUUCUUUUUUUUUUUUCUUUUUUUUUUGACCAAUGUGAGGUUUAGUCUGAAAACUGUGCCGAGUUACAGCACACAACAUGUUUUCUCCUUUCUCAGGCUUCAAGUGGUUUGGUAGUCUCACCAACCUCCGUCGGAAAUCAGACACCCAGAAGGACGAUGUCAAAGAGGUGUCCACCGACGAUAUGGGCAUGCAUCCGCGCAGCCCAAGCUACGCCAGCUCCAGUGAAAUGUACACGCACAUGGGCACCAUGCCGCGUCAUCCGAAGAAGGACAAAAACUUGAAGAAGAGCAAGUCCAAGGACAAGACCAACCUCGGUCAGAGUCAAAGCAUGAGACCUCCACAGGACCAUGUUGUUGAUUCCCCCCUUCUCAGCGUACUCUCCGGGAAGGGCCUGGAGGCGCUGGAGAACCCCGUCUUGGAGGACAAGCCAGCUGCAGGAACCAGAGAUAAUCACAUUCAGAAUCGUGACCUUCCACCUCCACCGACUAUGGAUGGACACUCAACAAAGCUAGAAGAUGAAGAUAAGGAGCCAUUAGUUGACUCCAAGCCACAUGUUGAUCCACCAAAUGCAUGUCUAGAAUCUGCAGCAGAUCUAAAUCAGAGCAAAGAGCCAGACAUCCAGCCAUUGCUGCCCAAGAAAAGACAUAAAGAAGCAGACACCUCCAUGAAGGAUGCUGAGGAGCUCCAGGUGGAUGGAAAUUUGAUUCAGUUACCUCUGAAACACGGCAGUCAGGUCGAGCAGAAGCAAGCAGUAGAGGAAGAUGCUAAAAUAAGAUCAGACUGCAAACAAGUCAGUCAGGAAGAGAAGGAGCCUAACAGACAGCUGAACACCACAGACAACCGAGGAGAAUAUGUGGAAUUCUCCAAGGAGAAGUACCUGCUGGAGUCGCCCCCGGAGAAGCUCAGGAAGGAGCUGGAGGAGGAGCUCAAACUCAGUAGCAGUGACAUGAGGAGCCACGGCUGGUACCAUGGCCAUAUUCCACGAGAGGCUUCAGAAACUUUGGUUCUGCGUAGCGGUGACUUCCUCGUACGGGACUCCCUGUCGACCGUGGGUGACUAUGUCCUCACGUGUCGCUGGCAGCAGGAAGUGAUCCACUGUCGGAUCAGUAAAGUCCUGGUCAAAAGCGGGCAAACCAAAAUCCAGUACAUGCUGGAGCAUGAGAGCUUCGACUCUGUCCCCACGCUGGUCAGGCACCACGCUGGCACGGGUCGACCCGUGUGCCCGCGCACCGGAGCCCAGCUGCUGUGUCCGGUCAACCGCACGCUUCCGCUGAGGUACCUGGAGGCGACGUUUGCUUUGGCCGGUGGGAGACCGGGAUCUGCACAUUCACCAUCGACCCAGAGGGGGGCGCACAUCAAGAGACGAAGCGUUACUAUGACGGAUGGACUGACGACAGAGAAGAUCAUUCCUCACAGCCCUUCUACAGUGCACCAUAAGGAUGCCAUGAGGAACUGUGCCAUGAGCAUGGAUCAGAUCCAAGAGUACCGCUGCCCGCUGUCCCCUGUGGGGGAAACACCUCUGUCACCUGCAUACAGCUCCAUCUCCCGCCACAGACAUGGCUCAGGAGGGCGUGUCCUCGCUGUGAUCCCGCCUUCUCCAGUGAUGCGGCGCUCCAGCGAUCCCCAUCUCUCGCCAUCCUCCUCCAAUAACAACCUUCCCUGCUCAGACGCACCCCCCAGCACCCACUCCACGCCUGCCCACGGAUACCCGUCCGAGAGUUCAGAGCAGGGCGGCAGUUACUGUGAGCUGAGACCUGCUCAAGCCCCCAUUCCUCCCUGCAAGAGCUACGUAGAGAGGCUGAGGGUGGAGGAGGGCCAAAGCCCGGGCUCUGGAGCCCCAGACGGGAUGGAGGGAUUCAUUCUCCCCCUGGUAGAGACCAGCUCCUCCUUCAAGCCUGGGAAACACCAGUCCACUCUUCUGCCAGCCGAGAAUAAACCUCUGGAGAUGAGUACCUUGAAGAGGGUAAAGGAGCUGCUGGCGGAGGUGGAUCCUAAAUCAGCCGCCAAGCACAUCACCAAGGCAGACUGCACGGUUGCUAGGAUACUGGGCGUUACCACGGAGAUGCAGAGGAUGAUGGGAGUGAGCUCGGGGCUGGAGCUGCUGACUCUUCCGCAUGGACAGCAGCUGAGGCUGGAUCUGCUGGAGAGGUUUUACACCAUGUCUAUAAUGAUGGCGGUGGAUUUGUUGGGUUGUACGGGCAGCACAGAGGAGAGAGCCACCCUCCUGCAUAAAACCAUCCAGCUGGCUGCUGAACUCAAGAGCAACAUGGGCAACAUGUACGGAUUCGCUGCAGUCAUGAGAGCCCUGGAGCUGCCACAGAUCUCACGGCUGGAGCAGACGUGGAUCACACUGCGACAGAGACACACAGAAGGUGCAAUCCUCUACGAGAAGAAGCUCAAGCCAUUCCUGAAGGCCAUGAAUGAUGGGAAAGAGACCUGUGUCCUCUCGAACACCUCUUUCCCUCACGUGGUGCCGGUGUUGUCGCUGCUGGAGCGCGGUGUGGCGGCCGGAGAGGCGCUGGAGUCCUGGGAGAGCGUGGAGUCUGGAGUGGAUGUGGUCAUGAGUCACCUGGAAGCAGCACGGACCAUCGCUCACCAUGGAGGACUGUAUCGCACCAACGCUGAGAGCAAACUACAGGAUUUCCAGGAGCGGAAGGAGGUGCUGGAAAUCUUCUGUACAGAGUUUCAGAUGAGGCUUUUAUGGGGCAGUCGUGGCUCUGAAGGAAGCCAGGCCGAGCGCUAUGAGAAGUUUGACAAGGUCCUCACCGCUCUGUCCCACAAGCUAGAACCUCCUGUACGACACAGUGAAUUAUAGCACCCCCGCACCCACAAAUGGUAUGAUCCCUGACUUUCCUGUCACUCCUACUCCUGGACCGGACCAUGCUUUUUUUGGGGGGAGCCACACGGGCGGAAAUGGAGAACAUGACAUUGAGGAACUCGCUCCGCAAAACAAGGCACAAAACGGGACAGGCUUUAUGUGAGCAUGAUAGCACCCCCUAAAGAACACAGUCGUGAACUGCAGCAAUGGAAUGAAAUCAAAAUCUAAAGCCAAAAUCCCUUUUUCAGUGGUGACCAAGGGCACUUCCUUUUCAAAAAGAGAGAAUGUGAUGAAGUGCAAGUUGACUUUAACCUUAAUGGGUCUGAAUCCUGUUUUAUGUGAAUCCAUAAUUUAGUUAACGUCAGCUUUUAUGUCGACAAAAAGCAAAGAUGUCUUGCAGAGGUGACGCGUCUCUGUACUGGAGAUGAGACUGCAUUGACGUUACAUAGUCACGAUUUAUUGCUGGAAUAGACUGAACACACACUCACUUUUCAAAUGUCUGAAUGUAAGUUGCCAAACCAUGAAUUCCAACAGAUAUCUGCUGGAUAAAGAGUCUUAUUUUUAUGCUCACUUUUGGGUUCACUUCUGUGUUGUUGUUUUCUCGGUAUUGUCAUGGCUUUAUCGAUAGAAAUGGAGUCGACAGUUACUGUGAGGAAUUGAGUGUGUAACAGAUGCUCACAUUCACACUCUCUCCAGGUCUGACAGCAUUGCUUCUCAGAGCGCUUUGGUGUCUGUAUUUGUUAGAGAAGAAGUGUAAGAUAGAAGACAUACUGUUUUCUUUCCUCUCUUUCUGUCAUUCUGGGUUUUUUAUUUUUGUCUGAAUGGGUCGUAUCAUUAGGAAUGAGACUUUCCUUAUUUGUAAUUACAGAGUUCAUUAUAUAACUAUCAGAAUUUAAAAAUCCAGUGCGAAAAAAAAUGCAUUUAUUGAAACUUGGCAACCCAGUUAAUUAACAUAUGACCACCCACUUCACACAUUAACAUCGCAUAUUGGGUGUGCAGUCACUCUCCUAAAACCCAGAAGAACUAAUGAUAAGAGUAAAAUUGUGAAAGUGGUGAAAUCCACCAUAUAUUGUGCUGUUUUUAGCUGUGUGUAGCACCUACGGCUCUGCAGAUCCUUCGAAAGGAUCACAAUGUUGGAAACAAGUUCAUUUACAGCGCAAAUUGUUUUAUGAAUCAGUUACAUGAGGCAGCGCAAACUAUAUUAGCAACCCCACAGCUCAUGUGUUUCUCAUUUCACAUGCAAAGAAGGGCAUUUGCAUAAAGUCUUAAAGGCACAGCAGCACAAAAACAGCCUGUUUAAUUCCAACAUCAGAAAGAGGGUGGAAACUGACAUGAAAAACUAAAUUAUGAUCGUUUGGACUUAAAAUACUGUUUUAGUAUCUUUCAUGACAGACCGUGCUUGUCAGUAUGGCCAUGGCAAUGAGGUUUAGCUGAUACAUAAUGUUUAUUCUCAGUGAGACUGGAUUACAAUGAAUGUCAGUUUGUAUUAAAUUAUUUAAGAGACCCAUAUAUUCAAACUUUACAGAUCAAGUCCAUGUCCAGAUCAUCUAUUGCAAGUCAACAAAGACAUUUGAUUAUUCAUUCAAACAUUCAAAGUAAUGUUAUGGCAAUAAGUUACAAACUAAUAUAUAGAGGAUCGUUGUGUUAGUGGUUUAUGCUAAUGCAUAUUGACCAUAUUUAAGAUUAGGAGUUUUACUAAAACUCACCAUUUUGAUGCAAAAUCAUCCGUUUGUCCAACAGAUAUGAAUUAUACCUCAUAGAGUAAAAAUCUGUUAAGGAAGGGUGGGCUACUUUUCUAACUUAUCAUACAUAGAGUUUUCACUUUGGUGGGUAAAAAAAGAGAUGAAUCAGGGAUUGGAUGUGGACUUUUUUGAUUUAGGCCAAUAAGUAGCCAUCUAGCAACCAGCCAAAACACCAUAGCAACACCCUAGUAGCUGCAAAGCAACACUUUGACAUCUUGGCGGCGACUUUUGUAUGAGUACCAUUCACAUUUUCAUGGAAAAACAUCGAAAAGACGUUUGAAAGAUUUCAGCUAAUAAUAGCAACAUGCUCAUUAAAUUCAAAUAGUCCAAACUGUUUUCAUAUUCUGGUAGAUUUAGGCAAACAAAACCCAAAGUCACAUACAUAUACCUCUAUCAACAGUGUAAAUGUUCUACCCUUAUUUCUGGGUACCAUAAAGAGAAAAGUUGUAGGUAUCUGGUUCUAACGCAAUCUAUUGUGUAUCAUAUACAGGCUGCUAUACUUCAUACCCAGUCUAUCGAUGCAUAUUUCCAGGGAAUUUUCUGAAGGUAUUUUUUCAGGUAUCUUAAUAAAGGCACAUCUGAAAGUAGACGAUGCUGUCUGUCACAGAUAGGGGGAGCAUUGUGGGAUGAAAAGUGGAUCAUAUGCAAUUUCACUUUUAGCCAGCAGAGGGCUCUGUUUAGUAAGCUAAAAAAUAAUAAAUGGAAGUAAGUUUUGAACCUUUUGAAACUUUUUUUAAUAAGGCCUGCUGGUCUAGGACUGUAACUUGUGUUUGGUUUCUCUACUGUAAAGGUAAAUGUGUGACUAUUUCGUUUUGUAAAUAGUUACCCCUAAGCGGUCGAUGAUAGACGAGGUGGACGAGGUCACGUGAUUGCAUCCUUUUAUUAUGUGCUGUACAUACUGGUAUGUCAUAUGUUUUGCACUCUUUUUUCAGAAAAUAAAAUACAGUAAGCUUG